UACAGUCUCCCUUGCCCCUCCUCAGGAUUCCUGGGAAGACGACUCUCCAAGUGUGUGAGGUUUCUGUGAAUGAGUGUCCUUUUGGCUGAUUUAAGGCUUCUUUCAUUUUUGUUCCAUGGUCAUACUCAUAAGCCAGACAUGCUCACUUUUGAAGCAGAACAGAGAAGCCUAGAAGGUGGAGAGAAUGGACACAGUAGCAAAUGUACCAGAAGAAUUCCAGUCUUUGUUCCUGAGACAGAAAUUCAGAGAAGAGCAACAAGGAGAAUGGCCGCCUCUCCGAUAAAUGUGCCCCAGGAUCCAUUGACAUUCAGGGAUGUGACUGUGGACCUGUCCCAGGAGGAGUGGGAAUGUUUAGACUGUGCUCAGAGAACUUUGUACAUGGAUGUGAUGUUGGAGAAUUAUAGCAAUCUAGUCUUUGUAGAGAACCAUCAUAUAUGUGGAAAAUAUAAGAAAUUCCUGGAUCAAGGCUCAAAGCAUAUUGUCCAUCAGCAUGUGAAUAUCCAAGAGAAGUCUUAUAAAUGUAGUGAGCUUGGCAAAAUAAUUCAUGAACCCUCCCAAUAUUCAACUUAUGACACAAGUGAUACUGCAGAAGACUACAUUAAGUACAGAUGUGGUAACCACAAGGGUGCUUCUAUUGAGUCAUCAGUCAUAAAGAGGCAUAAAAAUGGGGACUCUGGAGAAGAACCUUGCAAAUUUAAAGACUGUGUGAAUUGUUUAAAUUUGUUUCCCAUCAGUCAAAAUCAAAGAAACCACUCGAACUCCAGUAUACACCAGCAAAACCAUUCUGGAGAGAAACCUCACAAAUGUAAAGCCUGUGACAAGUGCUUUUAUCAGUUGUAUCAGGUUAAAUACCAUUACAAAACUCAUACUGGAGAGAGACCUUACAAAUGCAGUGAAUGUCACAAACGCUUUAGUCAGCUGACACACCUAAGAAGCCACCAGACAAUUCAUACAGGGGAGAAACAUUACAAAUGUAAUGAAUGCGGCAAAAGAUUUAGCCGACUGACAUAUCUAAGAACCCAUCAGCGAAUUCAUACUGGAGAGAAACCUUACAAAUGUAGUGAAUGUGACAAAUGCUUCAUCCAGAAAGCCCAACUUACAAUACAUCAAAGAAUUCAUACGGGAGAAAAACCUUACAAAUGCAGCGAAUGUGAGAAAUCCUUUACAUGUUGCUCAGGUCUUAGAAAACAUCAGCGAAUUCAUACUGGAGAGAAACCUUACAAAUGUAGUGAAUGUAAGAAAUCCUUUACCAGUGGCUCAGAUCUUAGAAGACAUCAGAAGAUUCAUACUGGAGAGAAACCUUACAAAUGCAGUGAAUGUGACAAAUGCUUUAUUCAGAAAGUCCAACUUAGAAUACAUCAGAGAAUUCAUACAGGAGAGGAACCUUACAAAUGCAGGGAAUGUGUCAAAGUCUUUACCCACCUCUCAGGUCUAAGAAAACAUCAGAAAAUUCAUAGUAGGGAAGGAAAGUUUCUGUUAGUAAAUAAUGUGGCACAUGCUUUAUCCAAGUUCUAUUUAAGGAUGUGUUUCACUGGGCUGAAACUAGAAAAUGUUCGUACCUUUUAUCCCAAAGCCAUAGCGUUUGCUAUGACACCAAGAUGUAAAUCUGUUCCAGUUGUUUUACAGACCAGGUUCCUGCACAGAUCCACUCCUCCUGCCGGACUCGUGCCAAGGCCAGACCCUCAGGGGCCCUCCAGGUACACCACCAGCCACUGCCCCAACCAAGGACACCAACCUGGCACAUACUAUCAGCAUGAAGACUGUGAGCAGCGUAAACCUUGUGAAAUUUCAACAAGAAUUCCAGUUUUUGGUCCAGGGACAGGAACUCAGAGAAGACCAGCAAGAACAAUGAAUGCUUCUCUGGUAAAUGCUCCCGAGAGUCUGUUAUCAUUCAGGGAAGUGGCUGUGGACCUCUCACAGGAGGAAUGGGAAUGUCUAGAUUGUGCUCAAAAGGCAUUGUACAUGGAUGUAAUGUUGGAGAAUUACAACAACCUAGUCUUUCUAGGUAAAAAUCAAAGAAUCCACACAGGAAAGAAAGAACACAAAAAUACAAAGCUUGAUAAAUCUUUUGAUUCUGAACAUGAACUCACACUGAAACGUACCAAUAGUGAAAAGAAACCACACGAAAGCUGGAAAUGUGGAAACUGCUUCAAGACAGACUCAAGCCUUAGUAAACAUCAGAGAGCUCAUAGUGGACAGACACCUUAUAAAUGUACUAAAUGUAGUAAAUCCUUUACACAUUUGUCACAAUUCAAAGAACAUUGCAAUUUCCAUUGUGGAGAAAAACCCAACGAAUGUACAGACUGUCCUAAGUGUUUUUACAAGACAUCAGAAUUUAAAAGACAUUGCAGAAUACAUUCUGGAGAGAAUACUUACAAAUAUAGUGAAUGUGACAAAUCCUUUCAUCAGCAAAACCAUCUUAGAACUCAUCAGAGAAUUCAUACAGGAGAGAAACCUUACAAAUGCAGUGACUGUGAUAAAUCCUAUAAACAGAGAAACAGUCUUAGAGUUCAUCAAAAAAUACAUACAGGAGAGAAACCUUACAAAUGUAUUGAAUGUGACAAAUCCUUUACCACUGCCUCACAUCUUAGAACUCAUCAGAGAAUUCAUACAGGAGAGAAACCUUACAAAUGUAAUGAAUGUGACAAAUCAUUUGCCCAGAAAGCCAAUCUUAGAACUCACCAGAGAAUUCAUAUAGGAGAGAAACCUUACAAAUGUAGUGAGUGUGACAAAUCUUUUACCAGUGGCUCAUCCUUUAAAUUGCAUCAGAGUAUUCAUAGAGGAGAGAAACCUUACAAAUGCAGUGAAUGUGAUAAAUCCUUUACACACAAAGUCAGUCUUAGAGCUCAUCAGAGCAUGCAUACAGGAGAGCAACUUUACAAAUGUAUUGAAUGUGACAAAUCCUUUUUCCAUAAAUCUUUUCUUACAAUUCAUCAGAGAAUUCAUACAGGAGAGAAACCUUACAAAUGCAGUGAAUGUGACAAAUCCUUUACCACAAAAGACCAUCUUAGAAGUCAUCAGAGAACUCAUACAGGCGAGAAACCUUACAAAUGCAGUGAAUGUGACAAAUCCUUUUCCCAUAAAAGCAAUAUUAGAAUUCAUCAGGCAAUUCAUACAGGAAAGAAACCUUACAAAUGCAGUGAAUGUGACAAAUCCUUUGUCCACAAAGACUAUCUUAGAACGCAUCAGAGAAUUCACACGGGAGAGAAACCUUACAAAUGCAGUGAAUGUGACAAAUCUUUUAUCCAUAAAGACUAUCUUAGAACUCACCAAGUGAUUCAUACAGGAGAGAAACCUUACAAGUGCAAUGAGUGUGACAAAUCCUUUACCAGGGUAUUCAGUCUUAAAAUUCAUCAGAGACGACAUAGAGGAGAAAAUCCUUACAAAUGUAGUGACUGUGACAAAUCCUUUGCUCGGAAUGGCCAUCUUAGAGCUCAUCAGAGAACUCAUACAUUAGAGACACCUUACAAAUGCAGUGAAUGUGAUAAAUCCUUUACACAAAGAGACCGUCUUACAGCUCACCAGAGAACGCAUACAGGAGAAAAGCCUUACAAAUGUAUUGAAUGUGACAAAUCCUUUACCAGUGCCUCACAACUUAGACUUCAUCAGAGAAUUCAUACGGGAGAGAGACCUUAUAAAUGUAGUGAAUGUGACAAAUCCUUUUUCCAUAAACACAACCUCAGAUCUCACCAGAGAUUUCAUACAGGAAGAAACCUUACAAAUGUGGUGAAUGUGACAAAUCCUUUCCCCGGAAAGACCAUCUUAAAAGUCACCAGAAAAUUCAUACAAGAGAGAAAUCUUAGAAAUUUAGUCAGUGUGACAAAUCUAGCAAGAAAGGCCAUCUUAAACCUCAGUAGAGAACUCAUACAGUUGAGAAACCUUGCCAAUGUGGGAAUGUGACAGCUCUUUUAUCAGUUGCUCAGAUCAUAGAAAACAUUAGAGAUUCUAUACAGGAGAGAAACCCUUCAUGUGUACUACAUGUCAAAAAUUCUUUAUCAGUUCCCCCAUGUCUUAGAAGACAUUAGAUUAUUCAUGCACAAGAAACCUUACCAAUAUAUAAAAUGUAAGAAACAGUGUCAGUUACUAGGCCCUCAAGCUGAAUCCAGGUGGGCCCAUGAAGAAGUACGUUAUGUGCUUGCCUUGGUAACUUGUUUGAGCCAAUUUCCUCGACCAUAGGGCCUGCCCCACUACAUAUCCAUCCUUUUAUUUUAUUACAUGUGUGCUCAGCAGCAGUCAGAGUUCUAUGCCCUGGCUGUCUUUACCUUGCCUUGGAUGCUCAGCAGUUAGAUUGUGCCUGUCUUAGAUUGGCUUGCCAAACAAGCACUUACCUGUUUUUGACUAUCAACCUUCAAAGAGUGUUCAUCCUUGGGGAGUCUCCCCAAGUGGGGAGGAUCAGUCAGCAGCCUUAUCAAUUUCAGAAAGCUAGGCAUGCACAACCAGUGAUGGAGGGCUAUGAUGAUGGAGGGCUAUGAUUUGGAUGCCUAAGAGCCAUUAACACCUGUAGAGUCCCCUUAGUGUCUGCCCAUUGCCGGAUUUUCUGUAAGAGACUGUUAAAAAGGAGAAAGCUACAGUAGUCCUAGGGACCUCCAUGCUAUAUAUGUAGCCUCUAUGGUUCUAUGGGUUG